AAAAAAUUGACAAAUGGCGAGAGAGAGAUUUAGAUUGUGUACAUAUUUAUUUAAUAAAUUAAAAUUUAAUAAUAAAAUCGUGCUGUAGUAGUUAAUAUUGAUUAAAUUUUAAUUUCACUUACUAUUGGCUAAGGUUCUGAAGUGUUUCGCAUUCAAUACUCGCUGCAGAAUCUCGUGAAGUGGAAAAAUAACUUGACCCAGUGGCUGUGGUUAACAUAAUGGAAAUAUUCGUAGAAAUUGUGUGAAAACGUUGGUGUUACGACUAAAGAUACAUAAUAGACUUUGUUAUCAAACGUAAAAACAAAUAUUGUUGCAGUAAAUCAUAAUUUUUAUCAUAUAAUAUUCAUACGUAAAAAUGCACUAAGCAUAUCUUUCUGUGCUCUGUUGUAAUUUUUAAAUUUCUCUGCUUAAAGUUUUAAUAACUUAAAGCCACCAGACAAAUACAUUGCACCUCAGAAUAGUAUAUUUGAUCGAGAAACGAAUGAAGUGCUCAAAAUAAUUUCCGAAAGUAUGUAAUGUUCAUUGGAAACAAAAAAAAAGGCAUACUAAAAAGUUCUAAUUGUUUUUACUGUUUUUCGUCGUUAAUGAAUGAAAAUGGUUACGAUGAAUACUACGGAAAAGGCGCCGAAGCCCUGUCAGCAAGGUCCAUCAAGGAAUAACUCAAAGUGUGUUAAAGAAGAGAAAGACAAGGAGAAGCGAGAUAAUGCCAUUACUAACUUGCCACCGAGCGUCCAGGCCCUUAUGGCUGCAAUACCUUCACCCGAGGAAUCACCAAACUAUUUGAUUUACAAAAAGAUGGAAGCUUUGAUUGAGAAAAUGCAAGAUGAGAACACGGGAGUACCUGUUCGAACUGUGAAAAGCUUUAUGACGAAAGUUCCAUCGGUGUUCACCGGCGCAGAGCUGGUGUCGUGGCUGGCAAGGCAUCUGCAACUUGACGAGCCCUGGGAACCACUGCACCUUGCCCAUCUCCUGGCUGCCCACGGCUAUUUAUUUCCCAUAGACGAUCAUUGUUUGACCGUUAAAAACGAUAACACGUAUUAUAGAUUCCAGACCCCGUAUUUCUGGCCUUCGAACCAAUGGGAGCCUGAGAAUACUGAUUACGCGGUGUACCUCUGCAAGCGGACGAUGCAGAACAAGGCGCGGCUAGAGCUGGCGGACUAUGAGGCCGAAUCAUUAGCGAAACUCCAGAAGAUGUUUUCGAGAAAAUGGGAAUUCAUAUUCAUGCAAGCCGAGGCACAGAGCAAGGUUGACAAGAAACGUGAUAAGUUGGAGAGGAAGGUGCUGGACAGUCAGGAGAGGGCCUUCUGGGACGUGCAUCGACCGAUGCCUGGUUGCGUGAACACUACAGAGUUAGAUCCGAGGAAGCUUUCUCGUAUAAAUGCGCUUAAAGCUAAACGUCUCAAACAAUGUCAGGACUUGGUGCUGCAGAACAACUUGAAGAACAAUCCAAUUGUGACCAUAACGAACGCCCAGGAAAGCGAAGAUGAGAUCCAGAGGAACAACCAGGAGAACGUCAUCAAAGAGAAUGGGGAAUCGUCAAAGGAGAUUCCGUCGGGUUCCACUGACCCCGCAGUGAACAUCGAACAGGAGAUAGAGGCGGCACGAAAGCAGCUAGGGAUGCUGCGAGCGAGAAUGGAACGGCGCAACAUUAGGGUCAGCAAAGUCGCCGAAACGUUCGUGUCGUACUGCGAGCAGUAUGCGGAGUACGACGCGUUCCUGACGCCCCCGGAGUGGCCCAACCCCUGGAUCAACUACACCACCGAGCUGUGGGAGCAGGAGAAGCAAUCCAAGGACCCCUUACCGUUGCGGCGGGUCCGUCGCUGGUCGUUCGGGCUGCACGAGCUGCUGCAGGAUCCGGCCGGAAAGGAGCACUUCGCGAAGUUCCUCUCCAAAGAGUUCAGCGGCGAGAAUCUCAAGUUCUGGCUGGCGGUGCAGGACCUGAAGGCACUGCCCAUCCGCUGCGUGGCGGCGCGCGCCCGCGACAUCUGGAAGGAGUUCCUCGCGGCGGACGCGCCCUCGCCCAUCAAUAUCGACGCGGCCAGCAGGGAACUGACCCGCGUGCAGGUCGAGUCGGGCACGGCUGACCGGUACUGCUUCGAUCAGGCGCAGGCUCACGUGUAUCACCUAAUGAAGUCCGAUAGCUACUCGAGAUACAUCCGAUCGGAAAUGUACAAGGAGUACAUGAAUGGCUCCAAGAAGAAGACUUCAGUCAAAGGGAUUCGUUCGAUUGUAUCGUUCACGGCGCGGAAGGAGGCGACGGCCACAUAAAGAAUCAAUCGUUUCUGAGAACUCUUUAUGUUCGUGUGAGGAACCCAAAUAUGUGGUAUCGUAAUUUGGGAUCCCCAUGGGGAGCCAGCCCCAUGCGCUGGACUGAUCAAGUGAAUAUCCUCACCCAAAACCCCACUUAACGACUGCGUGCGCCAGGCCUCAGUUCGCGAAUUAUGGAGAAAAAGCUUUCAAGGCUUUAAUAAUUAUUUAUUAAAGCUCCACAUGAUCAUGACUGCUGUGACAAAAGCAUCCGUCUAUGAUGAAUUUGGGAUCUUUGUUUUAAUCGGCUUUGCUGACGAAUAAUUUCUAUGGGGUGAUCCUAAAUCAAUCCCAACAGUUUGUUGCAAGUACUAUAGCGCCAUCUGUCGUUCGAGUUAGCGAACUUGAACCACCACAGUUAUCCAAAUCGAACGAAAUUUUGGCCGCGGCUAUAUAUAAAUGUCUCUUGUGGCGAUUUCUAGUGUCAUUAAGCCAUGUUCACUGCUAGACUGAAAACUGCGGUUAGAUUAGGAGCAGAUUUCUGCCUAGGUCCAGCUUAGAGAGAAGCUAAGAUAGAUUUAGCAUAUCUAGACUCGAAGUUGAGUCUCCAUGAAAAAGUUCCAAUACCCACCCGGGCUAGUUUUAAACCCAAUGAAAGUUAUGUUAUUUAUAUGUAGAGUGCAAUGGAAUCCUGAAAUUAUAAUUAAAGACUGUGCAUGAAACAAUGUUGAUAUUGUUAAUAAUUUUAUUCACGCAAAAAAAAAUUGCAUUGCAUUUAGAAAUUAAUUGAUAUGCGGGGUCGUUGACCUCGUGCAAACUGGGAACUACCCUCUAAUUCGUAUUGCAUUCCGUUUAUAAUACGGUCGUAUAUUGAGGCCUCGUUGGCGGAGUGUUUCGUAGUGAGUAUUAGUAUUAAUCGCUAUAGUGGUGGAAGAUUGUAUUGAGCUCACACGGGUAUGAACCACCACCCAGUCUAGUUCAGCCGCGAAGUCAUUAAAGUCACAUUUUGGGGAAUUAGAUUGGUCAGAUGCUACUGACAUUAUUUAAAAUUCUUUCAAAAACCCUCGACCUGCUCUUAAAUACUGGUCUAAAGGGAAGCUGCUUCGUCUGCUGACGUUAGAUCUCGGGAUCUCGUGUUAUAUUGGAAAUUCUUUUGACUUCGUGUCGGUAUCUUCAUAUCUGAAGGUCGUGUCUAAUUUGAGGUCUGCUCUCUGACUCAUCCUGUGAGGUUGGGCGCUUCAGGUAUAGGCGAGUGACGCGACCCAGCGUUGGAAACUAAACGUUACGUCAAUGUGAAUAGAGUCUAAUUUUAAUUAGUUUUAAGAAUAUACCAAAGAUCGGCUCGACUUUAAGGAAGCCGCCAAAAGCUUUUUGGUCGUCUUUAAAUAUUUGAACAUAUAUUUAAACAAAUAUAUUUAUAUAAAUAAAAUAAAAGUCGUAUUCUGGUAUUUCUUAAGUAAUUGUCGCGACGGUGUACUUUUACGGUUUAAUAUGACGUUAUAACCGACUUAAAAAAGAAAGAGGUUCUGAAUUCAGUUGCUUUUUUUUAAAUGUAUGCUCUACCUCAGAACGUUUCUCUGGGUAAAUUUAUAUUGAUGAUGAUGAUGUUCUGUUUUUUGAUUUAUUUGAAAGAUGGUGCCUAUCGUGUGGUCCCAUUGAAAUUAUUUCAAGAUAUUUUUUUUAAGGGAUUUUAUGACCUGGAAACUGAGACCUUUAAGUCAUGCUUAUUUUAAUUUAUAUUCAUAUUUUUAUGAAAAAUGAUAAUAUGAAGUGAAAUGAAAUGAGAUGAUACGGGAUGAAAUAUAAUCUCAGUAAAAUGGUGGUCAUUUACUAAGAUUUUUUCAGUGGACUUUUUGGAGGAUCCCGAGAAGUUACGUCCAGCUUCUUUAUUUCAUUUUCUCACAUUUGUGCACUUUCACAGAUAUUAAACAGUUAAUAAACCACUGUUAUUACACAUUUAAACCUGAAGAAACACUAAAUAGACAAAAUAAAACAAAUCACACAACUUCACUCCUCGCGUUCCUGCCAAAAAGUCCAUUUCAAGAUAAGACCAGUAGUUUUUUAAUUACCCUCAAUGUAUAUUUAGUUGGCUUCAAUUAACCACACUGGCGAUUUUCUUUCGUUGAAAGUCAGAUAGUUUAUCUUGUUAACAAAUAACGGAUAACAGAUAACGUCUUGUAAAUCGAUGAACCCCGGUUGCACGCACGAAAAAGUGUCACGUUCCGCCUGAGCCUGAGCGUGCGAGCGAGAGUGCGGAGCGAGCGAUAGAGAGGCACGAUCGGCCCAAGCGUUAAUAUAUCGAAAAAAUAAAAUUCAAUUAACUCCAUUGUAUUAAACAAAAUAAUGAUAAUUCAGUGAUAAUAAUUCAAUGAAAUUCAUAAAAGUAUACAAUUUUUCAUCAAUGUUUCUUUAUGACGUUAUCAAGUAAUACUAUCGUCCGUACACCGACUUUACAGACAAACUAUAUUUUUAUGUAACUUUCGACGGAGCAAACGCUACUAGGUACGGUUUUUGGAAAGUGUAAAAAAUUAAAAACAAAAAAAAACGUGAUAUCAAAUCGUAAAAGUGAUUGUAAAAAUAUUAUUCGUCUGCAAAAAUUAGGGUAUCAUUAGAUGUUAUGUAAAUAAUUGUCUAUUAAAGAGACUAGACUAUACUUUGAGAGAGUAUAUACAGUUCGCGACAAUAAGCAGCGCACAUCGUCAUACAGUUAAAAGCUCCUGAUUAACGCUUCCUUCAUUUGCGUUUUCACUAACCGCGAAUUAAAAAAAUCCCAAUUCCUGUAUUUCCGGUUAAAGAUUUCUUUAUUCUCAAAUCUAAUUGGUACAUCGCUAUGUACACAUUGGUAAAAAGGAUCCAACCGAAUAUCCUUUAUAAACGCGUUUUUCCAUAUUCACGGUUUCCGUUUUCACGACAUAUUUAUGGUACCUAUGACCUGCCAAUAAAAAGCUUUUACUGUACUUGGUUUUCUAUUGAACUACUGUGAUUGACGAAUUAGCGUUGCAAGAUAUUAAAAUCUUUCGGUACUAUAUUCAAGGCUUGAUUGCCGCACAGUAAUAAAGCAUAGGCAAUUCGUCAUCUUCCCUUACCCUAAAUUUACGCUUAAAAUGUAAAAAGCAUGCGUCUUUUUUCAUAGUGACGCUACAUUUCGUGUUUUCACACAAAAUGGCGCGUACGACCGUCGGAACUGAUUGCGAUCUGCGAACAUUAACGUCGCGGACUGUACCGUGGUUAAACGUUGAAGCUAGCACUAGAUGUAUUUAUUAUUAGAAUUGUGAAUGAAGUUGGGAGUAUAGUUUUAAUUGUACAUAAUUGUUGAUGCUCCGUGAGCGUCUAACUUCGUUGCUUAUAAAUUUUAGAAGCGUUGAUGAAGUUAAAAUGUUUGUUGAAUUUUUUUAUUAGCUGAUUCCCUCACGGCUUUCGAUUUGAGGUAUGUUUAAGGUAAGCCGCGUUGAAUUCAUCGGGCCGCGAGUUUUUUUUUGUUCCGGGGAAAAAAUAUAUUUGUUGUUUGAUUAAUACCAGCACAGAGAGAAGCAACUGACUUCUAUGUCUGCUUAUAAUAUUUUACGUGACCUAAGUGAAGGCAACAACAAACUUACAGUACCUGCCGUUAAAUGUUGCACAUCGACUUUUGGUAAGAGACAGUCUCGGCUUCAUAUAGCGUUAUCUCUCUCUCUCUGUUUCUAAAGAUCGAAGAGCAAUAUUUAGCGUCGUGUACUGUAUUUCUUUAUAUUUUAUUUAGUCAAUUUGACAUUUUACAUCAAGAAUGUGAUUGAAACCAGUUUUACCUACAAUAAUAACAUUGAAAUUUGAUUGAAAGAAAAAUUGAUUAACGAUCAAUUAUAUUGCACAAUAAUACAAACUGCAGAAUGUUUUCGUGUUAUGGUGAUGCGUGUACAGACGUUGUCAAGACGAACCACAGACUGAAAAAUAUUGCGCCAUACUGCAUGAUGCAAUGAAAAAAUAUGGUGCAAUAAAAAUUAAACUAGCUCAAACUUACGUUCAAUAAUUGCGCAAUCUUAAAUAUUAACAUUAAGCAGUCAAUAAUAUUGCCAAUUACGUAAUAUUGUGAAAUAUAAUUGUUCGUCUAGACCAUAGAGAAUACACAUAAAUUAGUUAUAGAUAAGCAACUCAACUAAAUGUUUACGGGCGUCGGCCACUAGAUGGCUUCGCUUCGGUUAGUUUCUCAUUGCUCCUGUAGAUGGAAAUAACAUAUUUAUUAUCUAUCCUAUAUUUUAUUUUUAAUGAAGGAUUAUGUAAAUUUUCAGAAACCACAAAUUGAUAAAAUCUAAUCAAUUUGUCUCUAAAAAAUAAAUACUUGUAUGAUUUAUUAAUUUUUUACUUUCUGUGUUUAGUUGUACAAUAAUUAAAUGCCUUAACUUUAAGAUCACAAAUUUAGAGGCAUCCGCCACAAGAUGUCGCUAGUCUCCAUACAAAAAAUAUAUUUGUCUUAAAGUAUUGCAGUUUCAGAGCCCUGGUCUAGACUGUGGCUUACGGUUUUAAUUUCGCGUUUAUCACUCACGGUAUUCAAGUCAACAAGCGACGGUAUGAUUCUCGAAAAUUCCAUUAAGCCUUUGCACUCGAGAGGUGUAUCUCGCUUGCCACUUUAUUUGGCGCGGAAAUUCAAUGCGUUAUAUAAACUAUUUGCUAGUAAAGUUAUCUAAACUUUGUAUGGAGUUGGAACGCUUGCCUACGUUUGCCGCUAGGGGCGCUGUUCCAACGCCGUACAAAGAGUUAACUCUUACGCUAUCGAGAGCGUUAAAAAACUCGCACUAAGCACACAUAGCUAAGUUCUAAAUAUAUUGUAUAGUCAGCGGUCCUUGACGCGUGUGCUAAUUUUCGAAUUAAUCUGAAGUCGAUGGAAAUGACGCUCAAAGAUUUUGUUACACACAAACAAACAUACAUACCGAGCUAAUAAAAGCGUGUUAAUAAUAUAUAAAUUAUGGAUAAUAAAAUUUAAAAAGUUUUAGGGCGUUUUUUUUCUGUUUUAUUAUUAUUAUUUUUUAGAAUUUUUACCUUUUUCUUUUUAUCGGAUGACAUUUUUGUAUUUCCCCAAUUCGAACCAAAUAAAUUAAGACUGCCUUUUGUUUUUAAGUACACAUUUUCGUGUGUGUUUUUUCUUUUGUUCAAUUAUUAUUUACCAAAGAUUAUUAUUUUCUUGUAAUUUACGUAAAUAAACCGUUUCAUUUUUAUUUAA